UAUGUUUUUUUUAAUAAAUAUACACACAUUAUGGAUGAUUAUUAUAAUUCUUCAUCGUUUGUUAUACUUUCCAUGUAUGGAAAAUGAUUUUGUAAUUAUUGAAUAAUUUGUUGUUAUUUGUCAAAAGUGAAUGGUAUUCUCUUAUCAAACUGAAGGUUGGUUGUAAAGGCAAUAAAUAGAAUAUUAAGUAUCAAAAGAUUGCAGUGUGAAAACUAACAGCUUUUCCCUGUGAUCAUGGCAGAUCCUAGCAUCAGGCAAUCAGUCGAUGGACGGCGUUUACUCGUUUUACUCUUGCUACUUAUAACAAUAUCUCUAGUAAUUGCAAUCAUAGUGGUAGUUAUUAAUACUCAUAGCAAUAGAAAGCAUCUACCUACCUGUCGCAGAAAAGAGAAAGGACAGUAUGGUCAAAUUGAUCUAAAGGAAUCUGAUAAUCCUUCUGUUUUUCGCGAUUUGACUUCAAAAGAAAUUGAAGCAUUAAUGAAUUACUUACAUUUGCAACAAAGUCUUAAUUUGGUCAAAGCAGCAGAUAUGAAAGUAAAUACUAGUUAUGUUUACUCAUGUGAAAUUCAUCUACCUAGUAAGAGCUCCGUCCUUGAUCAUCUUGACAGGAAUGCAAAAAAGCCUCAAAGAGAAGCGCAUGUCAUAAUCUUCAGAGGUGAUAAACAAAUACCAGAUAUCGAAGAAAUAAUUGUUGGUCCUUUACCCAAUCCAACUGGUCAUAGACCUGUUCCAUAUAAAAGACAGUCUAUUCCGUUUAUAUAUCGUCCCACUACGGGACCGGAACAUAUAGGGGUAAUAGAAAUGCUCAAUUUAGAAAUUGACCAACUCCUUGGAACAAUGCUUGAAGAGUUGUACGGGGGACGACUUUUAAAUUGUGAUAGUAAAUGCUUAAUCAUUAGGUACAUAACACCGGUAUCGUCUGCACUGUCUGGAGAAAGAAGACGUAAAACGUGGUAUUGGCUGUCGCAAUUUGCUGAAUAUUACAUUUUACAUCCUCUUGAUUUUUCUGUAUUGGUAGACAUGGAGGUAACUAAUUACACAAUAGAAAACAUAUGGUUUAAUGGAGAACUUUAUGACACUCUUUUAGAUGUUUUAAACUAUUACGUUGCAAAUAAAGGAUCUAUUAUUAAAAUUCAAUUUCCAAAUGUGAACACUGAUAAUUUUUCUACAGCGAAACAACGUGGCAUACCACCAAUUAGUCCUCUUUUAAGAAAUCCAGUGCAAGUAUCACCUGACGGAAAAAGAUAUAAUGUGAAUGAUCGUCAUGUCAAUUAUAUGUCCUGGGAAUUUGAUUUCCGGAUGUCCACAACAAGAGGUCCACAAAUAUAUGAUUUAAAAUUCAAGAAAGAAAGGAUUGCAUAUGAAAUAGGCUUACAAGACAUUGCCGUAUUUUAUUCAGGGUACAAACCCAUGCAAGCUAUGGCUAACUAUUUAGAUAGUGUAGGUUUAAUCGGAUCUCGUGCACAAGGUUUAGUACCUGGUGUCGAUUGUCCAAAGGACGCUACAUUUGUAGGGACGACGUUGCUGGUGGAGUCAGACAGACCUUUUUCGUAUGAAAACGUAUUCUGUCUGUUUGAAUAUAAUAUAGGUAUGCCAUUACGAAGACACCAUUCCUACUCGUUUUAUCAUGGUAGGUUUUAUGAAGGAAUGGAAACAACGGUACUGGUUUUGAGAACUAUUAUCGUUAUUGUCAACUAUGAUUACAUUAUCGACUUUACAUUUUAUCCGAACGGUGCAGUACAAGUAAAGGCCGUUUCCACUGGCUACGUAUUAGGUACGUUUUAUACUAAAAAUGAAACUAAAUACAGUUUCAAACUUCAUGAGAAUUUGGCAGCUAACAUACACCAUCAUAUUUUCAAUUUUAAAGCCGAUUUAGAUGUAAAAGGAAAAGAAAAUAGAUUUGCGACGGUUGACAUUGAAACUGAAGAUUUAUCGAAUAAGUUUUCAAAAGACCCGGGUUCAAGAUUAUUUCAACAUAAGUUUUCGUCUACUCUAAAGAAAACGGAGAAAGAAGCUGCGUAUAAAUUUAAUUUUGAAACUCCAAAAUAUUUACUUCUUUACAAAGAAGAUGACAAAACGAGGAAAGCUUACGAAAAGAGUAAAAGUUAUCGAAUACUGAAUACAGGAAUGUCGAAACAAAUCCUACCAGAAGGCAAAGGUAACGAGCCGAGUAUAAGUUGGGCUAGAUAUCAAGUUACCGUUACUAAAUAUAAGGACUCGGAACCAACGAGUAGUUCUUUAUACUCUAUUCUAGAUGCCGAAGACCCAAUAGUACAUUUUCAGAACUUUAUUAAUGAUAACGAAUCAGUUGUUGAUGAGGAUUUAGUAGCAUGGAUCACUAUGGGAGUUCAUCAUAUUCCACACACUGAAGACCUGCCGGUUACUACUACCCCGGGGAUGGAAGUAAGCUUUUACCUAUUACCAUACAACUAUUUUGAUGAAGAUCCAGCUAUUUCAUCAUUGAAUGCUGUGCGUAUAGAACCAACAAACAAGCUGAAGCAUAAGACAUCUAUAAAAAUAAACCGAUAUGGAGUUAAGCAAAAUUUUGAAUGUCUGCCAGCGGAAGUCAAUUACGACGAAGAAAUUAUGAAGAAUCCUACUAUAAUCCUUGAUACUUGAGAAGACAAUAUCGUGUUAUAUUUGCUUUCUUCGUUAAGAAUAAUUCUCAGACACAUUAUUAAUGUAUUAUAUGGCUAGCAGCUAUGGUUCUGUAUGUUUUUACUUUUAAUUUAUAAUUAUCCUUAUAAAGUAUAUGCAGCAUUUGAUAUUCAGUUAUCGUUACGAACAUUUUUGAUCGGGGACCUUUGUAAAAUCAUAUAUGUAUAAUCUUGCUAUGUGAUAAUCGUUUACCUAACACGUAUCGAAGACAAGAAUACUCAUUUUUAAAAUGUUUGCACCAAAAGCAAAAUAUAUUUAAAAUGUAAGACGAAAUUUUAACCAAAAAAAAAACUCAAUAUAUCAUAAAAAUCCAUAAACACACGUGCUUUUUCUACACGUAUUUCCCACAACCACCCCUUUUCAGUUACAUUUAUGGUUGUUUCUAAGAUGCUUAAAUUCAACAUGUUUCAUUUAGUGUCUGUAGAAGCUGGUUCAUUGCAGACUGUGUUUUGGUUUAAAAAUUUGAUGGAAUGUGUUCUCCUUUACGUGUAUGUAAAAUAUACGUUAGAAACUAGUAGUUCACUCCAUGAAUCUGUGAAUUGUAUUUCAAUAUCGCACUUAAAAAUGCAACCAGCAA